AUGCAUUUGGUGGGCCGCGCUGGCCGGGACAAGCCACCGCCGUUGGGAUCGUCGUUUGGUGUUCCGGGCAAGAAUACCACCUUUGAUUACAUCGUGGUUGGCGGGGGGACUGCCGGUCUGACACUGGCUACGCGAUUAGCCGAGCAGCAGGCUGGCAGCGUGGCUGUUGUUGAGGCCGGUGGUUUCUAUGAAAUCGACAAUGGCAAUCUUAGCCAGGUGCCAGCCAGCACCAACCAAUUUACCGGACGGUCUCCGACCGAUUGGCAGCCCCUGAUUGACUGGGGAACUAUGACGACUCCGCAGGCGGGCACAUAUGGCACGCAGGCACAUUAUGCGCGAGGAAAGUGCCUGGGAGGUACAUCAGCGCGAAACUCCAUGGUCUACCAUCGAGCCACCCGCGGAGCCUACCAGCAGUGGGCGGAUUUGGUAAGAGAUGACAGCUUCACAUUCGACAACCUGCUGCCUUUUUUUGAAAAGAGCACUCGCUUCACGCCGCCGGACAUGUCUCUGCGGUUCGACAACGGGACUCCGUGGUACGAUGCCAGCGUCUUAGGAAAUGGCUCGAAUCCGCUCUCCGUGACGUACCCUCAUUACGUGCAGGCCUUCAGCUCGUGGGCCAUCCAAGGGCUGGAAGCCAUUGGCAUCUCGAAGAUUCCCGGCUUGCAGAGCGGAGAAUUACUGGGCCAAGGAUACACCUUGUUCACUGUUAACGCGACAACUAUGCUACGGGAUUCGUCUGAAACCGCCUUUCUCCGACGGGCCCUCGAUUGGCCCAACUAUAGCGUUUAUCAUUCCACCAUGGCCAAACGGGUUCUCUUCACUAAGGACCGACAGGCUUCGGCGGUGGUGGUGGAAACUGCCGGACUUAGCUACCAGCUGAAUGCCACCAAAGAGGUCAUCCUCUCAGCAGGCGCUUUUGGAUCGCCCCAGCUGCUUCUGGUGUCUGGGGUCGGACCGGCUGCAAGCCUCGAGGGGCUGGGGAUCCCCAUCGUGGCCGAUCGGCCGGGGGUGGGCCAGAAUAUGCAUGACCAUGUCUACACCGCGGCCUCACAUCGAGUCAAUGUGAUCACGGCUUCCAGGAUGGGGGACCCCGAGUUUGCGGCCCAGGCGGCGCAAGAGUUCGACGAACAGGCGACGGGAAUGUAUACCAGUCCCAGCAGUGAUGUCAUGGGAUGGGAGAAAAUCCCCGGCGACCUGCGGGCCCAAUUCUCCAACCAGACCUUGACGACACUGGCGCAGAUGCCGGCAGACUGGCCCGAGGUCGAGUAUCUCUUCCCGUCGUCGUACGUUGGGCCACAAAAUGUCCCGUCCCAGGAGGACCCCCAUGAUGGCUACAACUAUGCCGCCAUGUCUUUUGCUCUCGUGGCGCCGCAGUCCCGGGGAAAUGUCACAAUUUCCUCGCCGGAUGCCUCUGUGCCGCCAUUGGUCAAUCCCAACUGGUUGACGGCGCCGGCGGACAUGGAGGUCCUCGUUGCCGCGUUCAAGCGGGCGCGUCAGCUGUGGAAUACCAGCGCCAUGGCACCUGUUAAAAUCGGGGAGGAGGUCUAUCCGGGGCCCCAGGUGCAGACCGAUGCGGAGAUCGAGGAUUCGAUCCGGCGGAAUGCCAUGACGGUCCGACAUGCCUCCUCGACGUGUGCGAUGGGUCGUGCCGAGGAUCCGAUGGCCGUGGUAGAUACCCAGGCGCGUGUGCUGGGCGUCCAGGGCUUGCGGGUGAUCGAUGCCUCGAUUUUUCCUUUUUUGCCCCCGGGACACCCGCAGUCGACCGUUUAUGCCAUUGCAGAGAAGCUGGCGUGCAAUAUCACGAGUGCUUGCUAG